AAGACGGUAGUUGAUGGAGAAUGGCACCAAACCAGAUGAAAAAACAGUCAAAAUGAUACCAUUCCCGGCACCUCUGCACUGAAACUACCUGCGGUAUUAAUCACUCAGGAUGGCUGUCUGCUCUCAAAGUCCUGCAGAUUUUCUACAGGGAGUCUUUUGCCCUACGAUUGCGGUCACUUGUAGCGAAGAUGCUGAGCAAGUCUGCAUGAAGAAUAAGUUGUCGUUCGUGGAAAUGACACGACCGUUUUGCCAGCUUACUACUGAAGCCCAUAUCCGAGAUCCUUCAGGAGCCGUCCACACAGUUAAAAACUGGAAGCUACGUCUACUUGAAAUGUCAGCACCACACCCCCCUCACCAUGUUGUUAAUAAACUCUUGCAUGAAGUUGUGGCUCGUACCCAACCAGUCAAUACUGAACCAAGUAGUUACAGCCCUGAAUACCAGGCUAAAGCCUCGACACCCUGGUUUGAAGCUUACAGAGACUGUUUCCUUCAGUUAUUAAAGCCGUCUGAUCAUGAAUUUAUCAGACAUUUCCUGUCUUGUGUGUUUGUUGUAUCCUCACAUCAUUCUGACCCAAUGAAUGCAUUUGCAACAAUGACAUCCCAGCUUCUUGAUCAACAACAGACAUCUCCUAACAGCCACAUCAAGUGGUUCAGUACUGGGGUCUUUAGGUAUUAUGUAUUGCUACAUGAUGUCAAUGAUGCAGUUGAGUCUAAGGCCGAAGCAAUAUACCAGAGUAUGAAGUCUGUAUAUGGUCUUUAUGCCUGUCACAUGUUGAUGGUGAAUUCAGUUAACCCUGUUACAGCAGCUCAGAUGCCAAACCUACCUGACCCAUGGAGUCAAUUUAUAAUUCCAGCUAGUAGUGAAUCUCUGGACUGGGAUGAUGAAGUGAACUCAAGUAUAGAAGCAACAGAAGAGGACCCCAUCAACUGUGCUGUAGAUGAGAACUUUGAUCCAGAAAAAGCCAUAGCAGACAGCGAAGAACAAAAGGGAAGAUCAGGGUCUGGGUCAGGCAUCUUAAUCGGUCCAUUAACACUUGACGACAACCAUGAAGAACCUGAUACCCAAGACCUGAUCAAUGACCAAUCAAUGAAAAGCAGUGCAGAAUUGAGUAACUCCCAUGAGAAGAGACACUUGGCCGGACAGUAUAGGUAUUUCUCUAGCAGGAAGUUCACUAGUGCUGUAAGAAGCCAGCCACUACACCGCACACAUGGGUUAUGCCUGAGUCUCAGUGAUCAGGAUAGAAUCAAGAUUUUUAUUCAUGAGUUGGCUUUUAGAGGACUUCUGCCAUACAUUGAGAGAAUGAUGAAGAACCUCUAUGAUCAGAUCAUGGCCCGUAAAGGAAUCCACAGAUCAAUAUUUUCAGCCACUAAGAAAUGGUUUGGUGGAGGGAAGCCAGCUGGUCUAGCAUCUGGCCUGGUUCCUGGAAUAAUUUAUGCAAAUGAUUCCCCUGAACUCUAUCACAGAAAGCUUGGAGACUUGGCUUUCUUGGUCCAGAACUAUGAACUAGCCUACAACUGCUACCACACUGCUAAAAGAGACUUCAAUAGUGAACAUGCCUGGUUCUAUUUUGCUGGAGCUUUGGAAAUGGCAGCCAUCUCAGCAUUUCUGGCUGGUUUACAACGUCCCUACCCAUCUCACUACAUGGAUACUGCUAUUUCCACAUAUCUUACUGCCUGCAGACAACAUAUGUUUGCAGUAAGGGCAUCUCUGUUAAGCACAGACGUCCUUAAAGCCAAAAACAUGUCUUUAGAUGCUGCAAUGCAAUUCAUGAAAAUGACGGGAGAGGAAUCAGAUUUGCUAUGUGCAUUGUUUCUGGAACAGUCUGCACAUUGUUUUCUUCACUGCAAUCCCAUCAUGGUCAGGAAAUAUGCUUUCAAUAUGAUCUUAGCAGGACACAGAUUUAGCAAGUCUGCACAGCGUAAACAUGCCCUCCGAUGCUAUCGUCAAGCCCUUCAUGUAUAUGAAGACAAAUCAUGGCAUCUUGCUGAAGAUCAUAUCAACUUUACUCUUGGACGGCAGUCCUUUAACUUGCGUCAGCUGGAUGAUGCUCUGAAGUCAUUCAGACAGUUAUUGGUGUAUGAGAGCCAACAGUCCCCACAGCAGCAAGCUGCUUAUCUUAGGGAAUUUUUAUUUGUAUUUAAGCAACUCUUAGAAGCUAAAGACAAAACUAAGGAUAAAACAAGAACCCUGCCAUACCUUCCUCUUCCAGUAGUAGAUUCCAAUGCGACAAGAGCAAUCCUGUCAUACAAUCCAAAUUCCCAAGAGAACACCUGUACCAACUCUAAUCCAUCCACUCCAAAAGAUCAGGAUUCCUUUGGUCUGUCACUGUUUGGGGAGAAUGAGCACAAGAAUAACCCAGACAAUGUGAUUCUGAUAGGCCAGGCAUCAUUUGAGGAGAAAUAUGACAUGGAAUUAGAGAAACGAUGGGAGGACAUGGAGGAGGAGUUAUAUGAAAGUGUAAAUAUCACCCCAGUACCACCUUUCUUUAGGACCCAUGUGCAUUGCUUGAGUUCCAAGACUAACAACAAGAUGAAGCCACUAUGUGUUAUUAAUGAAACAGUUGCAAUUGAAGUAGUAUUYUACAAUCCUUUAAAAAUACCUCUCAAUUUAACCAAUCUAAUGCUGUUAUGGGAAUUCACCCCUCAAGACAAAGAUUCUUCAGUUGUAAAUGAGUUUGAAAGUCAUGAAAACCUGGUCGAGACUGAGAUUAUUUCUAAAUUUGCAAUUCAAGGUGGUGAGAAGGAAGCGGCUCGUCUAACACUAACCCCCUGCUGUACUGGUACACUUCACAUCAAGGGUGUCAAGUACAGUCUAAGUAGUAUAGCUAUUGGGGGUCCUGUGGAGGACUCCUUCAAUACAACCGAGGCCCACCCGGCUGUUUCUGCCGUUAGUAUGCUUGGUAGACUAGACUUGAAUGUUCUUGGUCCGAGACUGAAUCACACUAAGGCAGAAAAGACAAGCAUCAUUCAUGGGCAGGAUCAUAGGUUGAAUAUGGUGGUCGUCCCAGCCAUGCCUUUACUAGAGGUUCGUUUCCGUAAUUUCCCAACUAAUCUUCUAUGUGGUGAAGUGGUUCGCACAACAGCUGAAUUCACUAACACUGGUCAAUGCUCUCUAACCAAACUAUUUAUGGCCUCAACUACACCCGAGUUCUUUACAAUCGGCAUACCAAAUAGUGAAAAGGAUUCCAGGGGAAUAUACCAAAUGUUCUCCUCUGAGCAUAGUACUCUAGACAAUCCACUAUCAGAGGUCAGAAGAAUAUCUGAGGUACCCAUACCCGGUGGGUGUCUGGCCCCUGGGGUAUCUGCAAAGCUUCCUGUGUGGGUACAAGGAGGCGAAGAGGGUGGUAGUCACUCAAGAGAGCUGAAGUUUUAUUAUGAGUCUACAGAAAAGAAUCCUAAAAUGAGCCAUCGAGCUCUUCAACAUGCCUUCUCCGUAGACUUCAGUAGUUCUCUAGUUGUGCGGGCCACAGCUAGACGGAGUAAAUAUUGUAGGAACUUACAAGAAAAGUCGGACACCAAAGAACAGCUUAUUGUUGCGUUAGAUAUCGAGAAUCUCAUGCAGGGCGCAACAGCAAAUAAAUUCGGGGAAUUUUCUGUAAUUCAAGUCUCGUGUGUCAGUAAACGAUGGAGACUACAACCACUAAGUCAUCACAAAACAGAUGGCUUGCUAUGUGUCAGACCAGGAGAAACAAUCGUAACUCAGUUCAAAGCUACUAAAUAUACAGAUAAAGAAGGCAAUUCACUUGGGUUCAGUCAUGUAGCUUUCUCAGACGAAAUGAUAAACACUUCAGUUACCCCCGCCGUAGACUUCUUCUUUAGAUCUCAUACAUGGAGAGAAAUGUACGAAUCCAAUUCUAGUAAUAACAGUCGUACAGUGGAUACAACCAAAGUAGACCUUGGUUUAAUUGUCUUCUGGAAGGCAUCUUUUAUAGAUGAGAAAUUUAUCAAAAAGACUGUAAUGGGUCAAAGCCAUGUUGCUAUCAGCAGACUAGCAGAAUCUGUGUCUGCGUCACAGCCUGUGCUUCAAACAGUUGGGGCACCAGCUGCGUUACCCAGCAGUAAUACAAAACACGACAAGGAACUGCUUAUUCAAUAUCUAUUGAACCAUGAAUCAACUAUAAGACAAGACUUCAAGCUCAAUAGACUAAUAAUUGUACCAAUAGAGCUUACUUUAAAGAAUUGUUGUCAAGAGGUAGUCAAUGUGUUUGUUGAGAGAUCAGCAAGUGAAACACCAAGUUCUGUUGUUACCCAAAGCACAGGAGAACCAGUUUCACCUAUGCUAGAAGUCGACUCUGGAUACCGACCAUCAACGACGUCCUUCGUUUUGAUCGGGCAGACAUCACGAAGACUACGGCUUGAGCCAAACAGCACCUCGAUAUUAAAAUUCAAUGCUAUGAUCUCUUUACCUGGAGUUUAUAACUUAAAUCAGCUUCGUGUGUAUGCAGCAGUACAAGAAAACAAUCAUCAGGAUGAAGACUUUGAUUUAAGUAAGAUGGUCUUACAAAAGCCUUCACCACCCAGCUUUCUUGAGGUGGAGGACAUCAGUCCUGUGUUUGUAGGUCCUUCAGAUCAACAAAACUCUUCGCCUUACUUGGAUAAUUCAUAGGAAGGAUGGCUAAUUCUGAGAAAAAUUCCUUUUUUCUCCCUGGAGUGGUCAAGAUACAGAAACAAGCCGUGAGAAACACACUGGAAUUAACAUAAUUUCAUACAGUCAUCUUUUUUUUCUUUCUUCAUAAUAUUUUUUCACAUUGUUUUAUACCUCUUGUAAUCAUCAAAACUAACAACUUGCAUUUUUCCUUCACACACAAAAGCAUACCACACAAAUCCAGAUUCCUGUUAUUUCCCAUCCAAUUACUCACAUUUCCCUUUUUUCUGGCAGCCCAGUUUCUUAUCGGCCUCUAAAAAUCAAUAUUUAGAUUCUAUUUCACAAAAUAUGACCGUGAAGAAUAUAGUAUGUAUAAUGUGGUAGCACACUCCCUAGGGAUUUGAUUACAGGGAUACACUAAAGGCUAUGAUCAUAUUUUGAACAAAACAGAUCAUAAGAAAAAGAUUAGAAAUUUUUAAAGAAUUUAGAAACACAAAACUAUUCGACUGUCUUAAGAUUUUAAGAUUUAGUCAAACGAUACAAAUAAGAAUUACAUAACGCGAAUGAGAUUCACGUGAUAAGCAGGUUGAAGUAUGCAUUUGGCGAGCUCAAACAUGAUUCUAAUUGAAUUGAAGGGAAUCCAAUAUUAACCCUGGACGUGAUAGUUUUGGACAUGAAAUAUAGAUUUAAAGGGAUUGGAAUUUUCUUUCGAUGGAGAAAGGGGGUUCAGUUGGUCUUAAACAGAGGAGGGGUAGAUGGGAAUUGAAUGGAAGCAAAGGAGAUAAAAAGAGGUUGUCCCUCUAUUUUCCUUUUCCCUAUCAGGGGUGAUGGGCCUUGCCUACAUAAAGGUUAAUAUUCAGUGCCUGUAAUCUAACUUAUGUCAUGGUAAUUUAUUGGCAAUACCUUGCACCCCCACCCCUCCCAGCUCUACACCCCUACCUCCCCCCCCCCAACCCCACCCCAACACACAGGGAGUGGUGUGAACUAGUAUCAUACAGACUAGACUAAUAUUUUCCAAUAGGAAGAAUAACAGAAGCUAUGAGAAACUAUUUUAUGACUGAAUCACAUUCAGAUAAAAAUUCAUAAUAUUGAAUCCUUAAUAGGUCAAACAUUUUCCAAUUGUUUCAAAGUUUUCAACAAUUUUAAAAUAGAAUACCUAAUACAAAUAAUAGUGUUUGAAGCAUUGUCUAUCCUUGUCUCGUCAUUACACUUUCACAUCCAAUCAGAUUCGUUCUAUUUUUAGACCACUGAUAAAUAAUUAACCGAUACAUUUAUAUCAGAGACAGAGAAUGAGAGAAGUGAUACAGACUGAAUAAACCAGCCAUGCUGACAAUAAUGGGUAA